UUACGAAUCUUAAACAGCAGGAAAGCACACAAGGGAAGAGGAGUCCGAAACUAAUAGCCAUGGCAGGUGCAGGCAUUUACCCGUACCAUCAGCACUGGGUUCCAGCUCCUGUUGCCCCUCAUCCACCUCCUCCAUCCAUGCCUGUCGAUAACCCUAACCGAACCACCACUGACGAGGUUCGAACGAUCUUCAUCUCUGGUCUUCCAGAAGACGUGAAGGAGCGAGAACUACAAAACCUCCUCAGAUGGUUGCCAGGUUUCGAGGCCUCGCAAGUGAACUUCAAAGGAGAGCAGCCCAUGGGGUUUGCACUCUUCUCUACUGCUCAAUCUGCAUUGGCUGCCAAAGAUGCACUUCAGGAGAUGGUGUUCGACGCGGAAUCGAAGUCUGUAUUGCGCACAGAGAUGGCAAAGAAGAAUCUUUUCGUUAAAAGAGGUGUAGCGACAGAUCCAAAUUCCUUUGAUCAAAGCAAACGCUUGCGAACGGGUGGUGACUAUACACACACUGGUUAUCCAAGUCCAUCUCCUUUUCAUCCUCCCCCAUCAGUAUCUGUUUGGGGACACCAAAGUUAUUUGGCUCCACCUCCUCCACCAUAUGAUCCUUAUGGAGGAUACGCAGUUCCUCCAGUACCAAUGCCUACACCUGCUCCUUUACCAGCACCUAGUGGUUAUGCACCUGUUCAGAACACGAAAGAUAAUCCUCCUUGCAAUACCCUCUUUAUAGGCAAUCUUGGAGAGAAUGUUAUAGAAUCUGAACUGAGGGACCUUUUCAGUACUCAAUCUGGGUUUAAGCAAAUGAAGAUCUUGAGGCAAGAAAGAAAUACCGUAUGCUUCAUGGAAUUUGAAGAUGUGAAUAGUGCCACAAAUGUGCAUCACAAGUUGCAAGGUGCUGUAAUCCCCAGUUCUGGACGCGGUGGCAUGCGAAUCCAGUAUUCAAAGAAUCCGUUCGGGAGGAGAAAGGAUUCAAGCAUACCUGUUCCUGCUGCCUCUGAGGUCAAUGGUGUUUCUCAGCCACCGAAUUACCAGUAGCUGGAAGGGAUGUAUUCUGCUCUUAAUGCUCUGCAUGAGAAAUAGGAAACAGGACAAUUACUACUACUAAAUGAUAGGAUGCAUCAUGCUGCUGUUGCAUGAACCUACUUCAUCAAGUCAUCAUCAUUAACAUCUCUGCUUGUGUGAAUGAAUGCACGUGAUGAUAUCAUGCACUGUCAAUGGGCCAUGGGCCUAUGUUCCAAAGGGUGAAUGACAUAUUGGAGAAAUGCAUUUGCUGGCAUCCAGGAAAGCCUGAAUGAAUAGGGCAUCUGUGUUUUGUUUUGUAGGGCAGACAUGCUGCAUGAAACCUUAAGUUAUUUUGAUUUUAUGCAGGGACUUCAUCUUGGUUAUGUUGUGCAUCAACAGUAGGAAUGAUACUUUAAGAGACAUCUUACCAUCUUCCCAUUUUUCAUUUCCUGUCAUAUCAUGACAUAUAUUGAGCUAUGGAUAAUCUGAAACAUCAUAUCAUCAAUCAAUAUUCCUCAUUUUCAUGAUGAU